CUUCGGUGGGCCUGUUUUAGGGUUUUCGAGCGGACCAGCGAUUGAGGCGGCGCCGCCGCUCGUACUUGGCGGCGUAGUGGCGGCGCGGCGGGGGGCCGAUAUGGAGAGUUUGUCGAAUCUCCGCGCUGGAGGAGAGACGAGCGAGCGCCCAAAGGAUUAACAGGGCAAAGGACGUCCUACACACAACCUAAGGGAAAUCUUUUUGUGUCCCAGGAGGGAGUGAUUAGGGCAAUGUGGAGGCGCUGAGCGAGGAUAGAUGUCGGGAAGGCGCUCGCAUAGCAUGGAAUACGACGACCCCUUGGACAGUAGCGGGACUGACGACGAUCUGCCGCCCACGCAUUCCGCCGGCGGCCGUGCCUCGCGAGGCGUCCGCGUGAGUGGGAAUGGGAGAGCUGCCACGGGCGUGAUCUACGCGAGCUCGCAGCCUUCGGGGAGUGUGGAUCAUAUGAUCCAUCGGCUGGAGCAGGAGGCCUACACUGCAGUUUUACGUGCGUUUGGAGCUCAGUCGGAGGUCAUCACUUGGGCAAAGGAGCGGCUGAUGACGGAUUUGCGCAAAGAAUUGCGCGUCACUGACGAGCAACACCGGGAGUUUUUGGGAAAAGUUGCGAGCGAUGAAAGCAUCAAACAAAUCCAACAACUAUCCGCGGUGCCACCAGCAAUUGCGCCCUCCGCUGAGGUUUCGCCGCCUCCUGUAACAACUCAGUCUCGCAAGAAGCAAAAAACUGCGCUUCUUCCUCAGGCAGCGAUGCCUCCGUCGUCGUCGACUCCAACGCCUCCGCUGCCUCCACAUAUCAAAACCGGUCCUGUUCAAUCGACCUCCGGCUCUAAGCGUCCUGGGCCAAGCAAUGGUCCCCGCGGAAAGAAGCAAAAGCUGCAAGGACGAGCUUCUAGCUCUUCAAAAGGACAUGGCGGUAAGGCCGGGAGGCCACCCUCGAAUAAAGCUUCAGAGAAUUCAGCCGAAGUCUCGAUAGAUCCAUACAUUGGGAAGAAAGUUAAAACGCGAUGGCCGGAAGAUAACGCAUUCUACGAGGCUCUUAUCACCGACUACAAUGCGGAGACGGGACGUCAUGCACUUGUCUACGACAUGGACACCGCAAAUGAGACGUGGGAAUGGAUAGAUCUCAAAGAAGUGCCUCCGAGCGACUUAAAAUGGGUCGAGGGUCCAAAUGCAGUUAUAGGACGCAAAGCCCCGCCACCUGGAGCUGCUAGAGGUGGCAUGGGCCGCGGCAUGAAGAGAGGGCCAAAGGGUAGCGUAGCAUCACCGGGUGGAAAAGCACGGGGCGGUACUCCAAAAAUGCGGGGAUGGAAAGGGCCAUCCUCGGCUGAGAACGGCUCGCGGUCAUCACUCGGACUUAUACCAAUAGAAGACCUGGCGAAGGAGGUGGACAAGCUGGAGGAGGAUGACGAUUUGGCCAAGCUCGAAGAUGCAAAGAAAGCCGCCAAGGCUCACGAGGAGAAUAUCAGGAGAGCACUAGCACAAGUCGGCGAGUCGUCUGACGAAGCCGAGAGUGACGAUGCCGGGCAGCCACCUUCGUCGCAAACUCAAUCCGUUGAUCACGAAAGGGAGCACAGAAGCAGCGCUCAAAACAGUCGGGAACACACGAACGCUGACAGUGACGAGGAAGAAACUGCUGGAAACGAGAGGAGGGUCGAGGCCGAUGGCUCCGACGGCGAGCACACUGCCGGCGAGGGCGGUGCGGCGUCCGACGCUUACGAUGAUCAGCAAGGGGAGGACGGUGACGAGAAAGACGAAGAUGGCUAGAAGCAAACAACACAGCAAAGAGAAAAAAAACCUACCGAGGGAAACGAUAGCCGGAUUGAGGUUCUUUUUGUACACUGGCACAGCACAACUAUUCAUUAACAGGUAGUUUUACAGUAUUAACAGGCGGGCUGGGGAAGAACAGGGAAGAACAGGAGGCUGUAUUUGUAACAUAAGAUGAUUUGGAAGAUGCAGGCUUUGAUCAAGGGAAGAAGUCUCACCCACAACAGUGGUGAUGAUCGUGUGGAACUCUCCACAAAUUUGGGAGCUCUUCACAUGGAUCAUCGUCGAUCGAUCUCUAAAGCUUAUUACACAAGGUAAAGGAGGAGAGAUUUUGCUUCUAUCUAUCCUUAUCUUCAAUCGAAAAGUUUUAAUGUGAUGGACUCAUUGAAUGGGUUUUUUUUUUUU